AUGAAUCGUCUUAGCUUGCUUUUACUCUUAGUAGAGAUUGUAAAAUCAUUUACCGCUGUUAUUGCUGAAGGAACAUGUGAUCAGAAUCCUUAUGAGAUUUGUACUGCUGUGAAUAGGACAGGUGUAUUGGCCAAUUCUACUAACCUGAAGAUACUUACAGAUCUGCUUACUGAAAAAGAUGUGGAGAAAGCUUAUGUUUAUGGAUGGGAAGAUCAUAAAGAUUUGUAUGUCUUGUACUCUAAUGGUACGCUUGUGCCGUAUAUCAAAGAUAGGAUUACUAGUAAAUAUGCUUUGUGUGUUGGUGAUUGUCCGUGUAAACCGAAAAUAUUGGGUGCAGAUAGUAAUACGUCGUGUUGUGGUAAAAAAGAUAAGCCAGUUGUGGAAUCAUGUUGUGGUAAAAAAGAUAAGCCAGUCGUGGAAUCGUGUUGUGGUAAAAAAGAUAAGCCAGUCGUGGAAUCAUGUUGUGGUAAAAAGGAUAAGCCAGUUGUGGAAUCAUGUUGUGGUAAAAAAGAUCAAAUCAAAAUUGCUUCGCCGUGUUGUGGCAAAAAAGAUCAAAUCAAAAUUGCUUCGCCGUGUUGUGGUAAAAAAGAUCAAAUCAAAAUUGCUUCGCCGUGUUGCACAUCAGAAAGAACACCAAGUUAUGUCAGAGAACCCGAUAAAGAUUGUAAGUCAUGCUGUGCACUAUCUAACCAACAGAAUGAAUCUAAUGCUUACCGCCGAAAUCGUAGACAACGAAGAUUGCGCAGACGUAAAAGACAUCAACGAAGAAAUGAAUCAUCAUCAAAUGAAAGUACAAAUAAUUCAAAUAACGAAAGUUCUUCGCCUUAUUAUCGAUGUUAUCCAAUACCUACCAUUAGGUUUGAAGAAUAUGCAGAGGAAGUACCUUUCUCACCAGCACCGGUUAUUACGUCGUGCUUAACAACAGAAUCCAAAUCAUUCGAAAUUGAGUCUAUCAAUGAAAACUUCUUUACUCUUUUAGCCAAAGAGGAACUUAAUAAAGUUAGGAAAAAAGAGAUGGUAAUAGCAGUAAAUGAAGGAAAACUAUUUGAUAUUCCUAGGAAGUUGUAUGAUCCAUGGUUCCUGUAUGGGUUAAAACGUAGGAUUAGUAGGGAUCACCGUGUUAAAGCGUGUCUUUACAUAUCCGAUGAUGAUCAAUUGUUCGCAAUGAUCAACGGAAAGCUAUUCUUAGUUGAUACAACAGAUAACAAUAUAAAACUGGAAAUUGUACAUAAAGAAAAAUUGGGUUGUCUGGAGUUACAUGAGAUAGUAUUCCGCAUGUAA